CAACUGCACGUAAAACGUGACAUUUUCAAGCCCGUGUGUUUGUAAAAAUGUGAAGUUAUUUCUCUUUGAUGCGGAUGUUGAUGAGAGUGUGAACUAUUGAGUUGUAUAUCUGGAAUGGAUGAGAAGACUAGACGAAGAAUAUGGAGUGCCAAGCGAGCUGCAAGACCUGAGCUGCGUGAUCAUCACGACUGGGAGAAAAACAACUACUACCGUGAGUUUGACCUGUCCACGAGUCACAUCAAAGACACUGUGGAGCGCGUUGAUUCGAGACAAGUUUCCAACAAGGAAUUCAUUCAACGUUUUGAGAAAACAUCAACUCCGUGUGUUGUGACCAAUGAUCAAUGCGACUGGCCGGCUACUGAGAAAUGGAACCCAGAGCGCCUUACCAAAAAGUACCGCAAUCAGCGUUUCAAGUGUGGCGAGGAUGAUGAGGGCUACUCAGUCAAGAUGAAGAUGAAAUAUUACACCAAGUACAUCAUCAACACCAGAGAUGACAGCCCUAUGUACAUCUUUGAUAGCAGCUUUGCUGAGCACAGUAAACAGAACCAGCUCCUUAAGGAUUACUAUGUGCCCCAUUUCUUCAGAGAUGAUCUCUUCAAGUAUGUGGGUGAGGACAGACGCCCACCGUAUCGCUGGCUUGUCUUUGGACCUGCCCGGUCAGGAACUGGGAUUCAUAUUGACCCAUUAGGGACCAGUGCAUGGAAUGCUCUUGUGACUGGACACAAAAGGUGGGUGAUGUUCCCGACUCACACUCCCAAAGAGAUCUUAAAAGUAACUCAAGGGGAAGGAGGUCGACAGAGAGAUGAAGCCAUAACAUGGUUCAGCGUCAUCUACCCUCGCACUAAGCUACCAACAUGGCCCAAAGAUUGCCAACCUCUUGAGAUAAUUCAAGGGCCUGGUGAGACCGUGUACGUUCCUGGAGGUUGGUGGCAUGUCGUCAUUAACCUAGAUACCACCAUCGCGAUCACCCAGAACUUCUGCAGUGUCACAAACUUCCCCACUGUGUGGCACAAGACGGUCAGGGGUCGUCCGAAACUAUCCAAGAAAUGGCUGGCUGCACUCAGGAGAGAGAAGCCACAGCUUGCAACCAUUGCGGACCAUGUUGAUAUUACCAGACCCUCAGGCCUACAGUCAGAUAGUAGUAGUUCAUCCAGUUCAAGUUCCUCCAGCAGUGACAGUGCAUGCUCCUGCUGUGGUCAUAGCGCCUCGGAUAGCGACAACCAACGGGAACUGGACAGGAGAACCAAAAGGCGCAAAGUGUCCAUGUCUGCGAGCUCACCUGACAGCGAUGAGACCAACGAGACCAAUGAGAGCUCUCCCCUGAAGUACAGUCAGUUAAACAACGCUCCUUUCAGCCAAUCACCUGCGUCUGCUCAACCAAUCGGUCAAUCAGGAGGCCCGUACCAAGACAGAUAAUGAAGGCACGUAGUACCCUGUGUGUUUUAUAUACAUGUAGGCGUGCUACUGUAAGUACAUACACCAGCAAAUUACAGUUUUAUGUAAUUACAUAUCAAAAUCAUGUAGUAUGGGGAUCAAUAUCUCUCUGCUCAUGUAGGCAAGUCAAAUCACUGCAUUUAUAAAGGCACUGUACACGUUUGGCAAUUAUCAAAGACCAGUGUUCUCACUUUUCUCAAAAUUUGGGCUCAGCUGG